CUCCAAACGUACAAAGUGAGAAAAAAGCAAAAUGUUCUAGAGGACACUGUUUUCAUCCCUUUUUUCCAGAGGCACAGGGGCUUCCAUAUGAAUUUCUCAGACAGGAAAAAAGCCUUGCAGAAAGACAAGAGGAAACCUGGUUUGCAAUGCGGCCUUCCAUCUCCCCGUCGCCUAGUAACUGUUUCCACAGCAACCGCAAGGCCAACAACGCUAAGCAUUCCUGGGAGGAAUAGACAGGGUAUUUUCUUCUCCAGAGUGAACUGCUAAGAAGGGGUCAAAGGGGAGAUUAUGUGAAAGAGAAACUUGAGUUCCUUGAGAAAGCAAGGAAGCAAGAAAAAGAAAGGGGAAGCUGUGAAGAAAGGGACUGAGAUACUAGUAUAGUGAGAAAAAAGUUGAGAACAGUAGUUAAGAAGUCAUUUGGUGAUGAUGGAUUCAACGUGCUUUACUGAGAGCAUUUAUAACCUCAUACCCAGUGACUUGAAGGAACCGCCUCAGCCUCCUAGGUACAAAUCAAUUUUUAAGACAACUAUAAAAAAUGACAUGAAAAAAAUUAAAACUGCAAUGAAAACUAUGGGACCAGCUAAAGUUGAAGUACCUUCUCCAAAGGAUUUCCUAAAGAAACAUUCGAAAGAAAAAACUCUACCACCCAAAACAAAAUUUGAUUGGAAUCAGCCCAGGAAGCCUGCUGUGCCACUGAGGACUGAUCAUCCAGUUAUGGGAAUACAGAGUGGAAAAAAUUUUAUAAAUACAAAUGCAGCCGAUGUAAUCAUGGGAGUGGCUAAAAAGCCUAAGCCAAUUUAUGUUGACAAAAGAACUGGGGACAAGCAUGAUCUUGAAACUUCAGGACUAAUUCCAAAGUACAUCAAUAAAAAGGAUUAUGGGAUCACACCUGAAUACAUAUGUAAACGAAAUGAGGAAGUAAAAAAAGCCCAAGAAGAAUAUGACAAUUAUAUCCAGGAAAACCUUAAGAAAGCAGCUAUGAAAAGGCUCUCUGAUGAAGAGAGGGAAGCCGUUCUCCAGGGGCUGAAAAAGAACUGGGAAGAGGUGCACAAAGAGUUCCAGUCCCUCUCAGUCUUCAUAGACUCCAUACCGAAGAAGAUUCGCAAACAGAAGCUGGAAAAAGAAAUGAAACAGCUAGAACAUGACAUUGGUGUAAUGGAAAAGCACAAAACUAUUUAUAUUGCUAAUAAGUAAUAAUGGAUUUUUAAAGCAUGUAGAAAAAAACAUGGAAGAUCUAAAAAUGAAGCCAUAAGUUUUUCAAAGAGGAAAAUACUAUGAAGGAAAUAAUAGUCAGUCAAAAUGCUUAAGCAAUGUUUAAAGAACAAUUGAAUUACUCAUUAAAUAAAAGAAAAUGUUGUUUUUAUUAGUUUCACAUUUUCCACAUAUCAACAAACCAUUAAAGUUUGAGGUUAUGUUCCAGUUCUAUAAUGUAAUUCAUUAUUAUGAUGUACUUGUUUCACAUAAACAUUAAUUUUCAGACCCUGAAAAAUAGCCAACAUUCAUAACUUCAAUAUUUUUUCUGCACUGCACAAUACAAAAAGCCUAACUUUGAAAACUAUAUUUUGAAUUGAAAAUUGAAGCAUAUGCUUUUUUUCCAUACUCUGGUGUGUUUCUGUAUAUUUGUUUCUCUGCUCCACAAUUUAAAAGAUAGAUUCUAAGGUAAUCUUUGUCAUUUGCAUUUAUUCCCAACUACAAAUAUUUUCAGUAUUUAGAACAUUAUCUAUGAUGAAAGACUUAUAUUUGGAGGAAGAAAUUUAAGAAGAUGACUUACAAAAUCAAGAAGAUAACUUAUAAAAGGCAUCAUGAGAGAUGAUUGAAGAGAAUAGUCUUUUACACUGAUUUGUGAAACAUUGAUAUUCUGCUUUAUUCCCUAAUUCCCUGUGCAUAUUUCACUAAAUUGUGUUAUGUUUUUCAUUUGGGUCCUUUCUGUUAACUAUUUUGUGAAUUUUAAAAUUACUUUUUAUAAGAUUUUAUAAUCUAUUUAGCAAUAAGUUUAUGUAAAUGGAACUGUCAUCCACUGAAAAUAAGAAUCUAUACAUUUUAUGAAAUGUUAAAUUAGGAAAAGUUAGUAAAACAGGAAACUAUAACAUAUCAGUGAAUAUGACAAUUUCUAUCACUUACACUGAUUUUUUAUCCUGCAGACAAUCCUUCAAGCUUUUUUAUAAACAGAAUUUGAGAGCAUUGGUGAAAAACUUCAUUAAUUAAAUGUUUAUAUAUAAAUUUUUGAAAAUUCAUUUUAAACUUUUUUUUAACAUCCCUUGUGAGAUUUAAAAUGCAUCUUUUUCAUUCCUUUGUUAAUCCUAGGACAGACAUAAAAUAAAAGAUAGUGUUUAAUAAAUACAAAAGACGGUAUAUGAUAGAUUCUCACUAGCCAGAUGCUAUUGAAGAUAGGCUAACAGUUUCAACAGUGAACCCAAAAUGUAUUGUUAUAUAACUGUAACAGAAACUCAGUUCUUGCUUACAUAACAGCACUAUACUGUAAACAAGUCAAUAAGACCCCUUUUCCAUACUGUUGCAUAGAAACCCAGACUUUCAGACUGGAUAGAUUCUAUCCUGUGCAGAGCUGGGGAGUGCCAUGUUGAGGCCUGAGUAAGCAAUCACAGUUGCUUUAGCAAAGUAACUCCAGCUCUUAGCUGUCUUAUAACAUAAGCUUAAAUUUUCCAUUUCCAGCACUGUCCAUGUGAACUAGAGUGGGGUGUCCCGUGUUUCGUGGUCAUUCAGAGACUCAAUCUCCUUUUGUCUAGUGGCUCCCCUGGUGCAGUCAGCUUUCCCUGUCAGAGUUAAGGAUAAGAUGUCGAGUAUUUUAUGUGUAAAAUUAUUGCUAUACAUACUUUUUUAUAAAGUAAUUCAAAAUCAUUAACAAUGCAAAAAUAUUCUGAUUAUUUCAGCCUUAUAGAUGGUAUACUUUGGAAUCAUGUGUGGGAGCUGCCUUAAAUGUUAAAAUGAUAACUGUGACUUUAAUAACAGAUUUUUUUCUUGCUUUCUGUAAAUGCUCACUAAAAAUUUCAGCUGUUUUUCCAUGACCCACAGUGUUGUGCUAGAUGGACUUCAUCCCCUUUCAUUUCCCUUCCUAGGGAAACCUGCCUGUCCAUUGUUCCUGGGAGGACAUUCGCUACCAUGGGACCCCAGCCUUGGAGAAAUCCAGUGCAGUCUCUCUCUCUCUCCUUCCUCCCUCUCCCUCUCUCUCUCUCUCUCUCUCUCUCUCUUUCUCUCUCUCUCUCUCCUUCCUCCCUCUCCCUCUCUCUCUCUCUCUCUCUCUCUCUCUCUCUCUCUCUCUCUCUCUCUCUCUCUCUCCCUGCCUUGUUUUCCUGGGUCAUCCUAACAAUCAGAAGAGGCAUAGAAGAGGCAUAGACACCUGACUCAGGGGGUCAGCCAGUCACUGAUCAGAUUCUCUUGAGAUCCUGAAAGACAGAUUGCAGUCUUAUGGUAGUAGACACCUGAGUCUAAAAGGUCAAAUGUCAUUACUGUAGCUAGUUUGACUUGGUUUCUGUUCCUGCUCCAAAGAACUCUGAGUAGAAUAAAGAUUGGAUAUAAUCUGA